AUGAAUUUUUUAUAUUUUUUUAGUGCUUUUCCUUUCAAUAUCCUCUAACUAAUUUCUAUAACUUAUCAAUAAACAGAGUAUUUUGUAUAAGGAGAAACUAAAUUUACAAAUAACUAAAGGUAUUUUGUUCCAUUUGAAUAAAAUCUGCUUGACUCAAAUGAAAGCCAAUUUCAAAUUGAAUUAAUUCAUGAAGAAAAAAUAGAAAAUUAGGUCUUCAUUAAUAUUACAGAGUAAAUGAAAUUAUUUUAUUUUUAACAUGUAAUAAAUGAAGAAGAUAACAUGAUUAUGGUAAUGGAUAAUUCAAGUUUAUAUUGUUUAUAUAUAAUUAAAGACUAUCUGUUGAAUUCAUAAUUAGUUAUUACUCCUCAUUUUUGUAAUAUAACAUUGCCCUAUCAAUCAUGUAAAAAUUUAAUUUAAGUGAACUAAUAAAUCUAUAUAAUUAAUUGCUAACUUAAUGAAAAUCAAUAAAUUAUAUCUAUUAUCAAUUUGGAUGGCAUAAUAUAUGAUCAAAUAUAAUUAGAAAUUGAAGAUAUUUGUUAAAUUGAUUUCUCUUAUAGAUAAUCAUAUAUUUUUAUUUUUGAAUAAAAUUGUAAAUCAAAUAAUAUUUAUUAAGUUGAAAUUGAUUAACAAAUUUAUUAGUAUAAAUCAAUAAAAAAGAUUGAAUUAUUUUAAGAAAAUAAUAUAACAUAUACUUAAUAUGGAUAUUUGAGGAAAAUUAUAAUAUGUCAACUAGAUAGAAUAUUUAUAAUAUUUUAAAAAUUAAUAUUGAAUUAUAAUAUGAAACAGAAUUAGAUUAUUUAUUAUUCAAAUGCUACUGAUGCAAUAAUAUUGAAUGUAUUCGAAAUAUGUUAAAAAUCAAAUUUAAUAUUAGAUGUUGAAAAUUCUAGUAAAGAAUUGAGAAUAGACAAGAAUCUAUUGAAUCUAAGUAGUAGUAAGUAUAAAAAUUCUUUUAUAAUUGAAAAGAUUUUAGUAUUGCAUUUUAAUGAUUACAUAUUUGCUAAAAUAAAUAACUAAUUAUAAUAAAAAAUAAAUUUAUCUAUUUUAGAGAUAUUACCUCUAUUUAAUUAACAAUAUUUUGUUGGUGUUUAUUAAUCUCAAUUAAGACUCUUUUAAAUUUAACCACCAAGAACUUACAACUAAUUUAUCUCUUCUUAGAAAAUAUUAUAUUUAAACUUUGGAAAUUAGAUUUAUCUUUAAGACUUCAUAUUAGAAUAAAGUUAUAUUGAAAUUUUAAAGUAAAAUGAAGUUAGAGUAAUUAUGAAUUAAUAAGAAAACAUAAUUUAUUAAAAUAAUGAUAGUGAAGAUAUAUGUUUUAAAUAAUCAUAAAUAUCACAAAGUCUUCCAAUUUAUUUAAAAGCUAUCAUUGAAAAUAAUAAAUAUGUUUAAAUAAAUUAGACAUUAUACAUAGAAAAUUGCAAAAUAAAUUAUCAUAAAUAUAUGAAAAUGAUAUAUUUUGGGAAAUUAAAUGAUUAAAUAAACAUGUGUAUAAUGUUUAAAUAGGAAGAUAUCAUAACAUUUAUAUUUUGCAACAAAAGUGAAAUUAUUUAAGAAAAGAGUAUAAAAUUAAUUAAAAAGAUAAUCAUAGAUUUGAUUAUUGUGGGAUAAGGAAACACUUUGAUUAUUUAUGAGAAAACAAUAUAAUUAAUUACCAUAGAUGACUCAUUGUAAUUAUAAAUAACAAAUUUUCCUUAAGAAAAUAAAAUAAUAAAAAUAGCAAUAUAUUUAAAAUACAUAAGCAUUUUAUAUGAAAAUUGUAAGUUAACAAUCGUAUAUAUUGAUGUUAAUAAAUUAUUAUUUAUGGAAGAAUCUUAAUAUUAUCUUUUUAAUUGUAAUCAUUAUUAUAAGAUUUUGAAUAGUCAAAUUUUAAUUAGCCAGAAUGAAAUCAUUUAUUUAUCAAAACUGAAUAGAAGAUAUUAGUUAGAAGGAAAAAUUAUAGAAGUAUUAACAGAUGAAUUAUCAUUAAUGUUUGUAAUAUUUGUUGAAGAAGAAAAUGAAAUAAAACUCAGAUUAUAUCGUUAAAUAAAAACUGAAUUAAUUUAAUAAUAUAUUAUUCCAACUUAUAAUUUCAAAUAUCAACCUUCUUUUUCUUAAAAAUUUUAAAAUUUUUAUUUAAUGAUAAGUGCAAAAAAUUAAAAUAAAUUGUAUUUACUUGUUUAUAAUUUAAGAAAUUCAGCUAUUAAUUCUCUUAUUUUUAUUACAGAAAUUGAUGAAAAUUCAUAAUUUUAUCAAAUUUAUGAAAUUUUUGAUGAUAAAAAAAGGAUUUUAAUUUAUUAUUAUAAUGAAAAAAUAUUCUAUCAUCAAUUAAAUUAGAUUUGUUUUAAAUAUUCAAUUUAAUAGUAAAAUAUCUUCAGGAUAGAAAAAGAAUUGGAAGUAAUUGUAAACUCUUAUGUUGGUAAUUAAUCUGUUAAAAUUAAGAUGUAAAUAUAAAAAUUAAAUCAUAAUUACACCCUUGCUACUUUAAAUAAAACUUAACAUAAUUACUUUCUUUAAGAAACAUUAAAUUGGGAUCUAAUUAAAGGAAAUAUUGUAACAGCUGAUAUUAAUUAAGAUUUUAUAGUUAAAUUACCUCUAAAUAUUACAUAAUAACACUUAAUUUGUUAAUAUUUUGAAUCUAGUCUUUGUUUAAAUAAUUAGUCAUUAAAAGAAAUUAAAUCUCUUAUUAUAAUAGAUAAUCUAACUCUUGAAUUAAUUCAUAUCUAAAUAAAAGGAAUAAUUUUUAAUUAAGAGUUACUUACAUAUUAUGUUUUUUAUCAUAAUAAUCAUAAUCUAGAUUACUUGAUGGUAUAAUUAGAAAAAAAUGACUUAGAUUAAUUUGUAAUAAUAUAGAAGAAAACUGUAUAAAGUAUACUGUCUCACCCUUAUGUGAAUAAUUUGGAAAAAGUGAAAUUAAUUAAAGAUAUCUUAUAUUUUUAAAUUUAUGGAUACAAAAUAUUAUUAUUCUACAAAGAUAUUUGUUAGCUUAUCGGUCCAUUUUUAAAAUAAGAUAAAUAAUUUUAUUAUAUUGAUUCCAUCUAUUUAUCAAAUCAAACAUAUAUAAUUGUAUAUUGGUUCUCCAAUAAAAUAAAGAUUUAUUUUAUUACUGUUAACGAUAAGUAAUUGAUUUUAUAAUAGUAUUGCAAAACUGAUAUUAUUAAGGAAUUUGAGAUUGAUUUGUCAUUAAUAUUUGGACAAGUUGAAUACUUCAAUUUUGAUAUUGCAAUAUAAAAGAUAGAGAUUUUUUAUCUAGAAAAAAAGGGACAUAUUUAUGUUGUUAAAUUCAUUUUGAUUUAUCAUACAUAAUUUAGUUAAGUUUUUGAAUUUUCUUUUGAUGAUAUCCAAUAUGAUAAUUUCAAAAUUAAAUCACAUUAAUUUCUAAGAUAUGAAAAACAAUCACAAUUUAUAGAAUUACUUUAUGCAGAUGAUAAUUUUAUAGUAGCUACAUUUGAAUAGAAUAAUAAAUAAUUUGUCAAUGUUUAUGAUAUAAAAGUAUAAAUGAACAAUAAAGACUUUUUGGAUAGUAUUUAAAGAUUAGAAUCAUAUGAUUAUAAAAGAAUUGAAAAAUUUAAUCAAUCUCAUUAUGUCAUAUAUAACCAUAUAAAUGGAAGUUUAUAUUUUAUGACUUUAAAUUAAUUUAAAGUUGAGUGUGUAAAUGAAUGCACUUAGAAUGCAAAAUUAAUACUCUCUAAUGAUGUAUCAACUCUUACUUUAGAAAUUUAAUUAGUAAAUUCAUUAUUAUUGCAAAAUGCUCUAACAAUCUAAUCUGGAAUAUUAAUAGUUAAUAUCAUAUUUAUCUUGAUAUUUCUUAAAUAUGGUAAAAAAGCCAAUAGAAAUUCAUUGUAAAAUAAUUUGAAAACAACUCAUUUAUGA